CCAAUAUAUAUAUAUAUCUUUAUAUAUAUAUAUAUAUAUAUAGGCAACCCUCUCUCUCUCUCUCACACACAUAAACACACAUAUAUAGAGUAACGUAAACCUGGAAAUAGGUGUACGAUAGCUUUCCGUUUUUAGGCCUUUACAAAUUAAAUUCGAACAAGCUGCCGGAUCUCGCCGGCGUUUUUCACCGGCGGUGAUUCAUUUCUCCAAAAUUUAGAGAAACUGCGACAUCAAUGUAUCUGAGUUGAUUCGGAGAAAAGCUAAAUCGGAGGGAUUUUCACUUUUCAUCAUCUUUUCAUUGCCGGUUAAGAGAAUGCUUUCCUGAUUGGAAAAUCUAGGGUUUUUUUCUGCUCUGUUUCAAGCUAAAAACGAUCGAAAGAGUACAAAACUUCUCUGUUUCAAUCGCAUUGAAGAUGUUUAUCAAUUUUGAACAAGUUUCAGCUAUUUUCAGAGUCGUUGCAUGAGAAAACAGAGGACUUCAUUCUCGAGGUGAAAGUAGGAAAAAGAAAAAGGAAAAAAGAGGAGUAAUAGAGAGAUAGGAAAAAUGUUGACGUGUAUUACGUGUUCGAAGCAACGGGACGACAGAGAAGAGGAAGGGGCGCGUGGGACACCAAAUACAAAAGAAUCCGUCAAAGGCCUUACGGCGCAGAUCAAGGAUAUGGCAUUGAAAUUCUCGGGUGCAUACAAGCAAUGCAAACCUUGCCCAGGAGGCUCCAGCAGCAGCAGCGGCUACAAGAAAGGACAGCGACCUUACCCGGAUUUCGAUACCGUUUCAGAAGGGGUUCCUUACCCCUACAUGCAACCAGGAAGCGCAAGUUCAACGCCCGCGUGGGAUUUUACUACUAGUGGCGGACACCCUAAUUUCGGAUCUGCUUCAAGGUACACCGGAGGAUUUGGUGGUGAUCGGACCCCUGGAGGAAGAGAAUCCAUCUCAGCCCAGUCAUGUGACGUAGUGCUAGAGGAUGAGAAUGAACCUAAGGAGUGGAUGGCACAGGUUGAGCCUGGUGUUCAGAUUACUUUUGUGUCUCUUCCUCAUGGCGGGAAUGAUCUAAAACGAAUUCGCUUCAGCCGAGAGAUGUUUAAUAAAUGGCAAGCUCAACGAUGGUGGGGUGAGAAUUUUGAUCGAAUCAUGGAGCUCUACAAUGUUCAGAGAUUUAAUCGGCAAGCUCUUAACACGCCCCCCAGGGCUGAUCAGGAUGAGGUGAGAGAUUCUUCCUACACGAGGCUUGGAUCGGCCAGGGAAAGCCCUAUGGCUUCAUCACUACAGAAAGAAUGGACGCCGAGAAACUAUUAUAAACCUUCCGGCAGUAAAGGGUAUUUUCCAUCCGACCCUUCGGAUCAAGUUGGCAGCCAGCACUACUACGGUGGUUCAAGUGCUUAUGGCGCUGGUGGUCAAUCCAUGGAUGCAGCACGAAUGACCACCGACUCCAGAGACGAGGCUUCUGUUUCCAUCAGCAAUGCCAGUGACCUGGAGUCGGAGUGGGUUGAACAAGAUGAGCCCGGGGUGUAUAUUACCAUCAGACAAUUAGCCGAUGGCACUAGGGAGCUCCGGCGUGUCAGAUUCAGCCGCGAAAAGUUUGGAGAGGUGAACGCAAAGCACUGGUGGGAAGAGAACAGGGACAGAAUUCAAGCACAAUACCUCUAAAAUUAUAGAAAGUGAAUGGGAAUUUCAGAAGCAGCAGAGAGCUGGACAUUCCACCAAAAUUUUCUAAUUCAAAAUUUCAUGUUUAUUAGCAAAGUGAUGGAGAGAGUACAUCUAUAUCUAUCCAUCCAUCCACACAGCAUAAUGAAUGCGAUCAACCACCAGUUUGUUGGCCAUCCACCACUCAGAUGGCAUAUAAUCUUUUUGACAGUACCUAACAAUAUGUGGUAAUGAUUCAAUCUUCUUCUUUCACCAAGAUUCUGUUCCAGAGGAGGAGCAUCAAUUUCAUUUUCAAA